UCAUUCAACAGUCUCAGGGAAAGAAAAAAUAAAAAAAAAUAAAAAAAAAACCCCGAAACUCGGUCAAGCGGACCAAAUCCCUGAAACGCCCAAACUAGCCCAAAGUCCAAACCACAAAACAGCCGAAUAGAGUAGCAACAAAAACCUGUUUUUGAUUUUCUCAUCUACCGUCUCUUGGAUCUCAACUAAACCAAAUUCCCUCAUGUUUCGGAGAUUCUGUACAACUCUCUUUCAUCCCAAACCCGUUUCAAUUCUUCUACCCAAAAAACCCCAAACUCUUCCCAGAGGCUUCUUUUUCACUUCAACCAUCAAAAUGGCUGGUACCCAAAAUUUCCAUUCCUUUCCUUCCCUUGACAAAGCAUCAAAACCAGAGUUACUUCAUGCUUUGGAGUCUUCUCUAGGCUCUUCUUUUAGCUCUGACUCUAUUUGCCCCACCCCAAAUCCUUUAAUCAUUGUUAUAAGUGGUCCAAGUGGGGUAGGCAAAGAUGCAGUUAUCAAAAGACUAAGAGAAGUUAGAGAAAAUCUUCAUUUUGUUGUUACUGCUACGAGUAGAGAUAUGAGGCCUGGUGAAGUUAAUGGCAAAGAUUACUAUUUUGUGUCAAAGGAAGAGUUUUUAUCAAUGGUUGAAAAAGAUGAGCUUUUGGAGUAUGCUUUAGUUUAUGGUGAUUACAAAGGAAUACCUAAGAAGCAAAUAAUAGAUUUUAUUGGAAAAGGCUGUGAUAUUGUGUUGAGAGUGGAUAUUCAAGGGGCUGAAACAUUGAGGAAGAUUCUUGGGGAUUCUGGUGUCUUUAUAUUUUUGGUGGCUGAGAGUGAGUUGGCACUUGUGGAGAGGCUGAUUGAGAGGAAGACUGAGAGUAAGGAGGAAUUGCUUGUCAGGAUUGCUACUGCUAGAGAAGAGGUAAAGUUUGUCAGGAGAUUUGAUUAUGUUGUUGUUAAUGCUCAAGGGAAGCUUGAGGAGGCUGUGAAUUUGGUGAGUUCUAUCAUUGAUGCUGAGAAGGCUAAGGUCAGGCAGAGAAGGCCAUUCAUUUGAGAUUUUGCUCGUGGAGGGUUCUUCAGUUUGGUUUUUUGAGGGUCCUAAUACUGCUGCUCAAGUGGGAACAAAACUUGACCUUUUUCAUUUUAUAAACACCAUACUUCAAUUGUGUCGGAGUUAUAUUUGGCUGUCCUCUUCUGGAUUAAGAAUAUCUUUGUAGCAGCAUUGAUUUAAAAGUUCAAAUACAAGGUUUUAGAAGGUUUAUUUAGUAUGAAGAGUUGGCUUUACAUGGCUGUUUAUGGGGUGAAUUUCUUAGUGGACUUGAAUUGCUUUGCAUUCACUGAAUGUGUCUUUAAAAUUUUAUUUGGAAAAAGAAAAAAGUUGAUUGAUGUACCCGUCAAUCUUUAAAUGAAUCUGCUGUGUCUAUUUCUUAAUACUUUUCCUCAAUUUAUUUUCUAUCAGCUUAAUCAUGUAUUAAUGGGUACAACUUUCUAAAGGCAGCACAUUUUUGAAACAUAAAAUGGUGUAGGUUAUUGAAUCAAGUAUUUCAAGUCAAUCAAAUUCAAUCUAUCUUAGUGAGUGUUCACUUUAAUCUUAACCCUUUGGAUUCCACAGUUUAGGGUUAUGGAGCUUUCUGUAAAUUGCUUCUGCUUGUCUUCUGGCUGUUUUCUUUCUUUCUUUCUUUCAUUUCCCCUUUUUUAUCUGGUAAUGAAUCAAGAAGGUUUCAUGAAGAAAUCAGCAAAAGUCAUUAGUACACCAGUGAAGAAAAAACAACUAAAAAGCAUCAGAAUGCCAAGCACAAGAACUCCAAACAAUAAAGAAAGAUGAGAAUUAGAUAAUCAACUCUGCAAGACUAGGAAGAUGCUCCUUUGCAAUCCCAACUUCAUAUGACGUAUCGGUGUCCUAUCAACAAGGACAACAAGACCCUUGAUUUUUGUACCCUUUCCACUUGACCCUACCCUUGUUAGAAUUGCACAAUAACUCAAACUGAAGCCAGUCUACAUCCUGAUUUCCUUUCACCUACUUGUGUUGUCAGUUGCCUGGGUUGGUUUUUCUCUCCAUGAAAUGCUUGCCUUGGUCAGCUUUUAAUCUUUUUCCUUAUUUGAAAAGUAUUUCCAGUGAUUGUAUCAACAAUGCAAUUUUCACAUCCCUUUUCCACUUGCUAAAGUAAAAAACUACUUGUUUCUUGCACUCAGCAGCAAAAAUAAAAGUAGUUGAUUAUCAUGUGUUCUACCAUAUUCUCAUAUGGUUGCUUAUCACAUUCAUUCUGAAUGGCCCCAAAUUAGUGGUGUUUAGAUGAGGGAACGGUGAUGUCAACACAAAUGUUAUCUCCUGUAUGCAUCUUGAUUUCCUGAAUUGUUUUGUCACUUUGGAUCAAUGAAGAAUGCUCCUGAACUUUCACCCUGCCCAUUUUCUACCUCAGGCUUGAGUCCUGAGACAUAAGACUGUACUUGGACUGAAUUAAAAGACCGCAGUUGGACUGAAUUGUUGAUUUUUGAUUUAGUGGAUUGGAAGUUUUCUUGAACAUACAAGGUGUAAGCAAUGUUUCCACGUGCCAGAGAUCCCAUGGUUGAAGUACUGCAUUUAGAUUUUGGUGAUUUGGACUUCAACAUUGGUGACAAACAAAUAUUCCUUUUUAUGCUCUUUUAAAUCUUGUCCAAACUAGCAUCUCAUCAUCAAUGGGAAUAAAAGUAGCAAACUUUUCCGUUGAGAAAAACUUAUCCAGAUUGUUGAUAAAAAGACUGUUAUGUUCUUCCUUGUUCACACUUCUUGUUGGCAUGGUUAAUUGAGUCCUGUGCUUCUUCCAUUUCCAUACCAUUUUUAUGCAAAUUGCCUGUUUACAAUUUUUGUAAUUUACCUCUUGCCAACGGUAAUACCAUUUUCUGCAGUUCUCUGUUCCUUGUCUCUAAACACUGGAAUUCCUUUUCAACCUUCAACUAUCUCAACCUUUUGUUAUUCAAAAGCUCAUUUGGUUCAGUAUCAUUUGAGAUGUUCCCUUUAUGCUCACAACUUUUAGCUUCCAACUCAUUGAUCUAUUCUGCAGCUCCUUAGCAGUUAUUGUGGCAGGUCAAAUUUUCUUAAACUAUGAGAUGUCAUCAAGUUUCUUAGCUUUUGCCUAAGAAGUUUCACAAGUUGUGCCCUUUAGUAUUGUAGGAAAUUACCUCUUGACAAUUCUUUGCAGCAACACAGGACAGGACGGCAAUGGAGCUUGUACUAAUCUCUCGUUGUAUGCGUGCAAUUAGCCUUUUGGUUAUACUUUGUCUUUAUUGUCCUCUUACUUUUGUCUAAAUCUCUUAAGAGGAUUUAAAAAAAGGAAAAAGAAACUUAAGGUAAGAGGUUUCCUCAAUCUCGGAUCAAAAUAGAUUGUAGAUCUGAGAGAGAAUUUACAUUAGAUUUAUAAAUUAUUCACCAAAAAGAAUUAUUGGCAACGAGACUGAAAUUAAAGGCUUUUAAGCUAAAUAUUUGAAUUUUACCAACUAUCCCACCCUCUUCCGUUGGCCUCUUAGAGGAUUUUGGAGUGGUAGUUACUCACUCCUCUAAAAUGUCUCCUUUCUAUUGAAUGGCAGUUAUUUAUGAUUGAAGUUUUGUUUUUCAUCUGAAUCAGGCAUUGAGUUUUUCCAACAUGCUACUAAUAUCUUUCGGGGACAUAUGUGUUGUUUAAUUGUUUCCAUUCUGGGCCAAAGUUCCACUGAACACCAAGAAUUGCCGUCAAUGACUGGUUCAGGAAUUAUAAUCCGCGCUAUCUUUGCUAGUUUGGUUUUAUGCAAAACCAUGACUUGAAUACCAAAAAGCGAAAGCUACGAGACUUCGAAACAGUUGGAAGACAAUAAAUAAAUCCAAAUAAAUAAAUCUGCCGAUCAUCAUGGCCAUACGCAAAAGGAAUGACAAAGAUUGAGAUAAUAACAAUAAGACGUCAAUUGUUUAAUUCGCCCAAAACAUUCACACACUUGAAACAAGAAAUUCAGUUCAAUAAUUCUUUGUCAAAGAUUAUGCCAGAUCAUGGAAGAGUAAUGCUAAUGCAUACGUGCAUUUAAAGGGAUUAGAAGCGAGGCGUUGGGUCCCAUUACACCCUUUAACUUGACACAAUAAAACUAUUUCUGCAACCAAUCCCUGCAAGCUACGACCGACCAAAUUGUCACAAUCACACAGUAAAUAAGUUUUAGUUACUAA